CCUAGUCAUUGACUUGCAAGUGCCUCUGACCUGCGCCGUUCUGCCAUGGUCUCGAGCGCCUGCCGAUGUCUCUGCAACAGUGACUGGCUGGCGGAGGAGUCCGCCGAUCUGGACUUCGACUCGCUGGGCGGAGCGCCGAUGCAGGCGGCGCGCUUCUCCGAUUUGUUGGCCUAUUCCACCGACAUGGGCCAGUCCUUGCGAGGCCGCCCCUUGCGCUCGGGCAACGUGUACUUCCUCCGUUCCGAGCAGCAGGCCGAGAAGGUCCAGGUGAAUUUGUAUGUGAAUGGCUUGGCCAUCACGCACCAUGGAAAGGAGGUGAGGGCCUGCUUCUCCCCCUUCACACUGGUGCGCAACUGCAAAUUCCUGGAUGCCGCGGCCUGCACCCAGUUAGUCUCCCUGAAGAUUUUCAAGAUCUUCUUCUUUGUGAAGAACCUCUGCUACUUCUUCGGCGUUUCGGGUGAGGACACGGAGACGGAGCGCCAGGCCUGGGUGGAAGACGUGGCUCGGGCCGUGCACCUGGUCACCCAGUCCUUAUUCCCGCCCUUCAGCAUCUCCUGCGAGCCCAUUUGUGCGGCUGCCGUGACGGCCCGGCGCUUGAUGGCGGGCUACGUGAUCUACCAUUCGGGGGACGAUGUCGCUACAGUCCUGUAUGGUGAGCUCUCCGCGCACGCGCGAGGGAGCGACCUCGCACGUUUGGCCUUCUAUGAGAACGAGCAAUGCCAACGGUUGGCUAUGGAGAUUUGGCUCUCAGUGGCCAGCAGUUGCUUUGAGAAGGUGGGUGUCUCCUGCACUUGCUUCUGCAUCAAUGGCCAUGACUUCAGUGCGCGGACCAUCGCUGAACGGAAGUUGUGGCUGAGGGCCAUCUCCAACAUCAAGGUGAAACUGCAGAAUGCCGCUCCAGCGCCCUCAAGGGAGGAUCUGGCACACUACCGGGAGGCCAUUGAGGAGCAAGUCCGGUCGCUUGAGAAUAGCUUAGAGGGGCGUGGUCCGGCGGAUGCCUUACUACAACGAAUCCAGUGGGACAAGUCAGAUCUCUCCCGCGAACAACGCGAGAGCGACGAGUGGCCUGGAAACGAGUCAUGUGGUGCCGAUGAGGCGCCUCUGGCGAAGCCUCCACCGAGCCUGAUCCUCUCCGCCGCGCGGCCCUUGAGCUUCGCCACCAAGCCGGUACCCGACCUCCGGCCGACGGAGCGGAGCGUGGCGCGGGAUGUGUCCCGAACGGGGUGAGGAGGUCUCAAACGGUGUGAGCAGAUCGGUUGAGAGGUGGACAUGGUUGAGAGACAUGAUGGGAGCCUGUUGAUUUUUUUGGGGGGUCCUUCUGGGAUAAGCGUAUUAGGCUAUAGGGCUGUUCAACCUCUGUAGGUAGGUCGAAAGCAAUCAGCCUCAGCCCCUUUUUUGGGGGUCCUCACCGUAUGUGGUCUUCACCGUGGUAGAAUCUACGAGACACCGGGCUCUGAAGCUGAAGAGACCUGUUGGGAGGCCAAGUAUGGCCAAGCGAUCUCAACCUGGACCCUCCUGUCGGGGUGUCUUGGCUGGACUACCCCACACUACCGGCCUAGGCUUCCAGACAGGGCAUCCCACGGUGUCGGGUCCUGGUACAUACUUCAAGAUCUUUGACAAACUCGGUUGCACAACUUGUCUUCAGGUCUUCAGGGAUGCCAUGCGCCAGAUCGGUCCGCUAGGUGUCCAUCAGUUUUUUGGCUCGACCAAGAUGUCCAUAUCCCAAAUUUCGGGCCCUGGACCCUGCAACCGUUUGGAUCAAACGACUGCGACUUCAGACCUUUGGACCUAAAGGCAACGCAGGUGCAACCGUUUUGGGUCGCACCGGACAGGCACCGGACAUGGGUUCCACAAAACGAAGGUGAUUUGCACAUGGAGGGCACGAUGGAUCCUGGGAGAUCCUCCAGGUUUGCAUUGAGACG